AUGAAAUUUCCCGGGAUCCUGAAGAGAAGGCUCAUUCCGGCCACCCGACUCAGAUUCACAGGCCACAUGCAAACAAUAAUUCGAAACAUGGGAGACCUGAAUAACACAGAGGCGAUGAGGGAGCAUGUGAAGCCGGCCCAUGACUCCACGUACGAGUUCAAAUCCUUUGCAAUCCGUCCCUGCGAUGAAGACCAGGACAUACGCAAGCGGUACCGUCCGUUCCUUUUGAGCGAUGAAAUCUCCGAGUCAGAUUGGGUGUCGAAGCUCGAAUUGGCCACAGCGGCGAAAAUGGUCGACACUGAGCUGCUCGUUCAAAAUAAGGACAGGCUAAAGAUCCUCGUGCUCUACGGAAGUCUUCGGCUUCUUGCGUACGAGGCUUCACGCAUUCUCUUCCGCCUCGGCUGUGAUGUAAGAGUGUACGAUCCAGCGGGUCUCCCAGUCAAGGAUGAUGAGCAGCACGACCAUCCCAAAGUGCGUGAGCUUCGGGAGCUUAGCAAGUGGAGUGACGGGCAUGUCUGGAUCAGUCCCGAACAACACGGGAACUUAAUCGACUGGAUCCCACUCUCAACCGGCUCUGUCCGACCCACUCAGGGGAGGACCUUGGCUAUUGCGCAGGUCAAUGGCGGUUCCCAGUCGUUCAACGCCGUCAACUCUCUGCGUAUUCUGGGCCGUUGGAUGAGAAUGUUUACCAUUCCAAACCAGAGUUCCAUCCCGCAAGCAUGGACGCACUUUACGGAUGCCAAUGAUCCUGUGGAUGGGGGAAACCGACUGAAGCCAAGCUCCAACAGGGAUAGGCUGGUGGAUUGCAUGGAGGAGCUGGUCAAGUACACCAUUGUUAUGCGGCCACACUUUGAUCUCUUUGGGGACCGGUUCAGCGAGAGGGAAGAGGCAAAGGUUAAAAAGUGA